GGCUAAUAUUGUGGCGCUCAUAAAGUUUGUGGAUUAUUCUUAUCGGAAUGAAAUCAGUUUAUUUUUGCCUGUGCUUAAGAUAACGCACAAUAAUGUCUAAGCAAAAUAAUGAGCUGAAGCUUAAGCAUCUUUUUGAUGGCGGUGAAUGGAAUGUAUACGAUCCAAGUGUAUUAAAUUUGGGUGUAGGUGCUCCAGGCACUGAUCUAUUGGAGCCCUGUUGUGAUAUUUUUGAUCAAGCUACAGCUCAUUGUUUGAAAAAUGAAAAGGUAGUCAACCAAUCUCUAAUAUUUCAAUAUGGACCAACAAACGGUACUCAUAAAAUACGAAACGAAAUCGCCAAGUACUUAACCGAAAUGUAUGAGAGCCCCGUUCACAGCGAAGACCUGAUAGUCACUACUGGCGCAAGUCAAGGCUUGCAUUUCUUGCUUUCCACUAUGAUCGACUUUAAUGGAUAUAUAUUCGUGGAUGAGUACACAUAUAUGAUUGCUUUGGACAGUAUGAAACAUUUUUCGAGUCUUACGAUUGUUCCUCUUAAGCUGAACGACGAUGGUGUGGACCUGAACGAUCUGGAGGUAAAAGUAAGAGAUCGGCGCUUCAAUUCGGAGAAGAAAGAGUUUUGGGCCAUUUAUUAUACAAUACCCACAUAUCAUAAUCCUACUGGCAUAUUAUUCUCACCGACUGUUUGUCGCGGAAUUGUGGAACUUUCUCGGAAAUACGACUUUUUAGUAUUGUGCGACGAUGUUUACAAUAUUCUACAUUAUGGCAAUAAACCUUUGCAUUCGCGUCUGCUGUCUUAUGACUCACGUACAGAUGCGGACUACGUUGGCAAUGUCAUUUCCAAUGGCAGCUUUUCUAAGAUUAUUGCACCUGGAGUUCGCUUAGGCUGGUUGGAGGUGCCUCCGCGUGUUCAACCGCAGCUUCUUCGCAGUGGGAUCAUAAACAGCGGUGGUUGUUUCAAUAACUAUACAGCUGGAAUUGUUGGCAGUCUAUUUGAACUAAACCUGGCUCAACCGCAUAUUGCACGACUCUAUGCUGCUUACAAGGAUCGCAUGUUGGCCGUCAACAAGGUAUUAGAGUCUGAAUUACCCAAAACCUGUAAAUGUUUAGUGCCUUCUGGUGGGUAUUUCAUUUGGAUACGGAUGCCGGACCAUUUGAAGGCUAGCGAGUUUCUGGAAUACUGUUUGAAGCAUGAGAAGAUUACAUUCAUUGCUGGACCACGAUUUGCUGUUGAAGAGGGUAAGGGAGAGCAAUUCUUUCGUCUAUCCAUAGCUUUUCACAAGAAAGAAAAACUUGUGGAUGGGAUAAUUCGUCUGUGUCUGGCUCUGAAGUCCUAUAUGAAUAUUGUUAAGACGUAAACUGUUUUUGUUUUUUUAAUAUGGCAAAAUAAUUGUAAUUAAUUU